AUGGCUUGUGAGAUGCCUCAGGAGUUGUAUCAAGAGUUUGAGAAACUCAACCUUGGGUUUGUUUCUCAUACUGAGGGAAUUAUUAUAGAGGUAGAACCGACCCUCGAACAGGAGAUAAGGAAAGGUCAACUUGAGGAUGUUAAGAUCAAGGAAAUCAAGGAAUCGAUAGAAGCAGCACCUCCCAAGCAGCCCUCGUCUCCCAGCCGGCCGUCCCGUGCAGGCCGUGACCACAGCGCCGACGAGUAUUUGGCCAAGGGGCUCUUCUUCCACGAGGACCUAGUCCAAGUAGGCAAGACCCUAACUCUCUACUUCCCGGUGGCAGCCAGCGCGCCGCUCGGACUCCUGCCGCGCCGCGUGGCCGACGCCAUCCCGUUCUCGGCGUCCUCGCUGCCGGCCACCCUCGCCCGGCUCGGCAUCGCCAGUGACUCCGCGCAGGCGGCCGCCAUGGAGGAGACGCUGUACAUGUGUGAGCUGCCACAGAAAGCAGGCGAGGCGGCCAAGUUCUGCGCGACGUCGCUGGAGGCCCUGGUGGAGGGAUCCAUGGCGGCGCUCGGCACCCGCCGCAUCCGGCCGGUGACCUCCGGCCUGCCCCGCUCGGGGGCGCCCAAGCAGCCGUACACCGUCCGGGCCGUGCACCCGGUGGACGGGGCGAGCUUCGUGUCGUGCCACGACCAUGACUACCCGUACACCGUCUACAUGUGCCACAACACGCCCUCCACGAGGGCGUACAUGGUGGAGCUGGAGGGUGCCCGCAGCGGCCUGGCCGUCACGGUCGCCGCUAUCUGCCACGCGGACACGUCCAGCUGGAACGCGGAGCAUGUCUCCUUCAGGAUCCUCGGCACCAAGCCCGGCGGCGCACCGGUCUGCCACUACCUGCCGUAUGGGCACAAUUUGUGGGUCAACAUGGAGGCAAAUCGCUCGUCAUCCUAAGCAACUUCUAAACAGCUGCACUCGCUCCGUCGUCCCAACCAAGAUUGAUCAUGUCUAUGUAGUGUGUACGUCUAUGAUCUUGCAAUGUUUGGCAUGUUGUUGUUCAGAUCAGGGGCACAGCUUCUGCUUGUUUGUUUUCAUUUACCCACAUAAUAUAUAGUAUCUAAUGUUUUUUUCA